UAGCGUCCCGUUCCCUCAUGAUCUUGGCAGCUAUCGAAGCUAUCAGGCUGGAGUCCACGCCACCUGAGAGCAGCGCUCCAAAGGGCACGUCACACUGCAAAUGCGAGCGCACAGCCAGCUCCAGUUGGUGGCGCAGCUCUUGAAGACUCACCGGCCGCGUGGGCGUCAACUGGCGCCAGCUGGGAUUGUGGUAGCGCACGGGCUGGAUCUGCUGCACUGUGCCCGCUGCCAGAUGGCCAGACUGAGGCGCGCUCAGCAGCUGAAGCUGGCCAGGCAGAAGGAGAAGGAGUGGCUCAAGCUGCAGCGAGCCAAGGGCCAGACGGGCAGCGGAGGCAGCAGCGGCAGCAACAGCGCCGGCACCGUCCUGAACGGCGGCUCGGGCGAUACCACACAUCAUUUUCGGAAUGCCAAUGGCUCGGGCACGGUCAGUGGCAGGCGGCACAUAUCGUUCGAAAAUAGCGUGGUGCUAUUGGAGGCGGCGUCGCGGAACGACAUGCCCGAGGUGGCGGCACUGCUGCAGAAUGGCAUCACACCAGAUGCGGCCAACGAGGAUGGCCUGACGGCGCUGCAUCAGUGCUGCAUCGACAACAACGUGGACAUGCUGCGGCUGCUGCUCGACUAUGGCGCCAAUGUGGAUGCGCAGGACAGUGAUAAAUGGACGCCUCUACAUGCGGCGGCCACCUGCGGCCAUUUGGAGCUGGUGCGCAUACUCAUACGGCACAAUGCCAAUCUGUUGGCCGUCAACACGGAUGGCAAUAUGCCGUAUGAUCUGUGCGACGAUGAGAACACCCUGGACUUCAUUGAGGGCGAGAUGGCGCAACGGGGCGUCACCCAGGAGCUCAUCGACGAGACGCGCUCCUCCACRGAGCGUCUCAUGCUCAAGGACCUAAUGGAGCUGGCGCGCACCGGUGGGGAUCUCGAGGAGCCAGACUAUCAAGGCGCCACGCCGCUGCACAUAGCUUCUGCCAAUGGCUAUGUGCGCGUCGUGGAGUUCUUGCUGGAGCAGCACGUCAAUGUGGAUGCCAUGGACAAGGAUCUGUGGACGCCUGUGCACGCAGCAGCAUGUUGGGGACAUCUGGAAGUUCUGGAGAUGCUGGCGCAAUGUGGUGCUGAUUUGAAUGUGCGCAACAAAGACGAUGAAACGCCUUCAGAUAUCUGUGAGGAUCCGGAGAUACGUGAACGCAUCGAGCAGCUGAAGACGGAACAGGAGAGCAAACGACUGGCGGAGGCGCAACGAAGGCGCGUUCGGCGCUCGCAGAGCAACAAUACCAGAGCCCAAUCGGUGCGUCGCACCAGCCUGCGCGACAAAACGCUUACAACCAAAAAGGAUGCUGUGGAGGAGGCUCGCCUGCGUCUGCAGGCACAGGAGGCGACCGAUUCCGGCACCACGGCGGCCACAGCUGCCGCUGAUCUGCCCAAUGGCUAUGCCUAUCACACGACCAAUAACAACAACAACAAUAACAUUAAUAGCUCCGAGAAACGGCCCUCGACGGCCAGCCUGUCGCACUCCAAGUCCGCGGAUGCCGUGGACAACAUAACACUCACAACGACACAUUCCUAUCUGCCGCGUCGUCCGCCCGACGGACGCGAGAACGACGAGCAGCUGCUCAAGGCGGGCGAUCCGGGCGCCGGCGGCGGCGAACUGCAGCGCGCCACCUCUGCCGCAGCGGUCAUAUUGACGGACCAGGGCACGGCGGCCAGUGCUGAGGCGCUGCAGAUUCAGUCGUCCAAGGCGGCGAACAACGGCAAGAUCAACGUGCAGGUCACUGUGCUAGUAGACACAAACAGCACGCAUCAUCAGCAAGAACAGCAUAGCCAGCAACAUCCGCAGCAACAUUCGCAGCAGCAUUCGCAGCAACAUCCUCAGCAACAUCUGCAGCAACAUCAACAGCAAUUGCAGCAACAUGCGCUGCUGCUUCAGCAACAUCAGCAGCAGCAACAGCAACAUUGCCAGCAACAUGCUUCUCAGCACUAUGUUGCUAUGGAUGCGGGUGCCGUUACUUUGUCAAAUUUGAAAAAGCAACGUUCGCUGUCGCGCACCGCCAAUGUGCUUAACAAUUUCGAGCUUUCAUCCACAAGUGUUGGCGCUAGUGGUGCUAAUGCAAGCACUGCUACAUCAAUAACAACAACAACUAAUGGUUCUGUUUUAGGAGCCGCCACUACGGUUAAUCACAACAACAAUAACAACAACACGAGCAGCGCCAACAACAACAACAACAUGGCCGCCGUUCCGAUCGCUACGCAGCCACUGGGAUUGGGCGCAAUGAGUCCCAGCUUAUUGGACUUUGAGUCAGCUGCGCCAGUGGCCACAUCUGGUAACGCCAAUUCGGUUAACAAGUUCUGUGGCAACACUGGCGACGUGGUCAGCGACAGCACGAGCUCCAGUCGCAAAUGCUGUGUGCUAAUGUAGGCGGCCGAUGCAGCAGCGGAUAACAGGGUAUUAUUGCAAUGAAUUGCCAGCCGGUUAAGCUUACCAACAAACUGUAAAAGUUUAGAGAAAGAAUGUGUGGUUUUUGUAUGUAUGUAUGUAUGUGUGUGUGUGAAAAUGGGGGGCGGGAAAAGAGAGAAAAAUCAAACAAACAAAUUAGCAAUUUUGAAAUGCCUGGCAAAAAGUGUCUUUUAUUAGCAUUUUAGUA